AUUAACAGUCAAUUAUGUCUAAAAAGGUCAAAUAAUUGACAGAAGUAAUAGCAUUACAAGAAAAAACAAUUGGAAAACUUUAGAAAAUAAUAGAAACCAAAAAAUCUCAAUAAAAUGGAAGUAGAAAGAAUCAAAGCAUUAAUUUAGAUUAAAAAUAUUUAGUUGGGUAUUUCACCUGAAUUUAUUGUCAGUACAAAUGCAAAACCUCCUCGACUUGAUUUUAAUGAAACAAAUAAAUCAUAUAGAUGCCGUCCCUCAAUUUCUCAGACCCAUAAUUAAUUGAGCUAUAUUUCAACUGAUUACCUUCAAGAUAUUUAAUCUCUUCGCAAUAAAGUCGAGGGACUUCAAAAGGAAAAAUAAGACAGAUCUCUAUUCUUUCAAGAUAAAGAAAAUCAAGACUAUAAUAAUAAUUCAUCAAAAAUAGAGAUCUUAUAAAAUUAGAUUAAAGAUAGAGAAUCUACUAUAAAUGCAUUAUAAGAGGAACUUGAUUAGGAAAAGUAAAUAAGAUUAUAAGUAUAAAUUUGAUUAAACAACUGUAUAGACUCAAUAGGAUUUAAAGUAGUAAAGGUCAAUUUGGAAUAAAAUGUAUUCAGAAUUAUAAAAUGAGAUAAAAACUUUAAAGUCAGAACUCAGAGCAUUCUCUUCUUAACCUAAAAAAAGAUCAAAUUAAUUAUUUUUUUCAUGA